GAUCGAAAAAGCCACGCGUCAAGACAUUUACAGUUUCUAUUGUAUACAAUUCUUGAUCAAGCUUGGUUUCCUCUAGGAGAAAGUUAACAAAUAUGAUAAAGAAGGCUUUCUCAGCUUUCAUCCUCACAGGUUUUUUCUUUUGUCUCCAUUGGGGAAAUACUGAAGGACUCGCUGAUGACGUCAACAGCUGUCAUGAAUAUAUCAAAAUAGGAUGCUAUCGUGACAGUCUGAGGAAACCACGCCCAUUGCCAAAAUUGAUUAAAAACUAUCGUUCGGUCUUCAACUGGCACUCUCCAAAGGAAUCAAUAAACAGCCAAGUGUCGCAGUGCGCCGAAGAGGCUUACCAGAGAGGCUUCACAAUAUUCGGUCUUCAAUUCUAUGGCGAAUGCUGGAGCGGAGCAAAUGCCUCUCAAACGUACGCAAAGGAUGGGGGGAGUGACCGGUGUGUUUCGGCAGUUGAUAACGAGUUAGAAUUACAACCAUGCAAAGAUGAUUCAAGUGAAGCCUGUACUGGGGCUAGCAUGUCGAAUUAUGUCUAUGAAAUCAUUGAUCCAGUGAAUGGCACGUUAACCACCUGGUCCGCAUGGGAUCCAUGCAGCAAAAGUUGCGGAGGAGGUCAGCAGAAGAGGACAAGAUCGUGCACUGAUCCUUCACCGAGCAAAUGUGGAAAACCUUGCGUCGGUAACACGGAGGAAACUACCAGCUGUAACACUCAUUCGUGUCCUGCACCUUGCCUGGACGAGAGUUCUGCAUGUAAAACGUACAAAGACCUUGGACUUUGUGAUGAUCGCUAUCCUGAUGUCCUCCGACUUUGCAGAAAGUCUUGCGGAAGAUGCUGAGAUAAAAUUAUCCUCGAAAUGAGCGGGUAAACCUUUCUGUUGAAGAAUGCCCCAAGUACCUAAUGUAAAGGACACGAUGAAGUAACGGCUUUGAUAAUUGAUAAAGAUCCCAUGAUGUUGAACUGGAGAGUAGAAGAACAUGUAUCUAUAUUAUUAAUUCGGCACAACUUUGGAAAUAACUGUAAUGCAUGACAAUUAUGAAUAAAGUAACCAGAAAAUCGA